AUGACUGCCUGCAUCGGCCGGAAUCAUGAUGUGUUCGCCUGGUCGACCCACCAGCUCCUUGAGAUCUCGCCGAGCAUCGCUCAGCACGAGCUUCAUAUCCGAUCAGAUUCUCAGCCCGUGAAGCAGCGGAAAAGGGACUUCAGCGCGGAGCAGAAUCUGAUCAUCCGGCCCACAGCUUCUUCCAAUUGGGAGAGGCACCACCACCGAACUCUACAUCACCCUCUCCUAAUUAGUAGAGGUUUCUUCGCCACCACUAGUUUCCUUCCACCUCUCCAUUUCGGAUUUGAAGAGUUAAGCUUCAUCACUAUCCAGCAGCCCCUCUCCUCUUCGGAUUUGAAGAGGAGAGUUCAUCCAUCCUUCAACAACCCCUUUAUCUUUAGAUUCGAAGAGAAGGUUUCAUUCUCCAUCGACGAGCAGCCAUCCACUUCGUCCACAGCCUUCGCCGACAGAUUGGCCAUCAGAGAAGCUCCAUCCAGCAGCCCCCUCUCCACUACGGAUUCAAAGAGAAUUUGGCUCUCUUUGGCACACUAUUGUUCUUGGAACUGGAGACCUUCGGACCUUUCCAAAGCGGCACAAGGUUUGUUCUUCCUUGGUGCAACUUAUAGAAGUUCGACCAUCAUUCCUAGAGGAGAAACUACAUGCUAUGUGGAACUACAUCCGAAGCUCAUGGGUGUGACUGGGAAGUACUUCGACGAAGAACUAUCAAGAAGGCUUUGGGAUUUAAGUGAGAAGAUGGUUAAAGUUAAUGAGUAAAGAACAUUUAAUUCAAGAGGAUAAAUAGCAUCUAUAAAGAUCCUUUAAGUUCAUGCAAUAAGAUGUAGACGAUAGAAGUAGUUUUCAGAGUCUCAAAUUAAAAUUUCUUUGUAUGCAAGUAAUUAUGCUUGUUAUAAAGUGUAUGGAUGAUAAUUUAUAUAUUUAUCUUGGUUGUUUAUUUAA